CAUAUCAGCAUUCAUUCCAUCGAACCUCUGUGGAUUUCUACGUUAGGCAAAAGUGAAGUAACAGUCAAAGGAGAAAACUUUACACGUGCGUCAGAUAUAAAACUGAUACUGACUGGAAUUACUGGCUGUAAACCAGAUAUCAUUAAAGUUAGAAAUGUGCUAAAUGACACACAGAUGACAUUUACUCUCCCACCAACACGUAAAGAGACCAAAAGUAUAUGUAUACAGGCUAAUGGGAAAAAAUGUUCACCACCAAUGACUCUGCAUUAUGUUUCGCUGCCAUCAUGCUUUGGAAUCACACCAAAUACCUCCUGGAUCAGUGGUGGUCGCAAAGUUACUACAAUUGGUAGAAACUUUAAUGUGGUGGACAGUGUGAUUAUUUCAGAUGACCAGAGAUCAAACCUCACAGUCUCUAGGUGUCCUGGAAAUGAAUCUGAGUAUCAUUACUUAACGCCCAGCCUGAGCCAUGCAACAGAGGGUAAAGUUGUUGAUAUGAUGUUGAAAGUGGAAACUACCUUUAUACCAUGUGUCAAAUUACACUAUCACCCCGACCCAGUGUUCAUUAACUACCAGCUGCACACUGAGCUGGAUCCUGAUCUGGAAUUAAAAAUAUAUAAAGAAAAUGACAACUUGAAUAUUUCUAAAACAGAGGUAGAGGUUUAUCUGUCCUAUAUGAAUGGUGCACAGACCAAAAAGAUAUGGUUCAGUGUCCAAAAUAUUACCAAAAAGCCAGACCGUAGCACCAUACUGUGCAAAUUCAAAAGGGAAGGAACAGACAAGAUUGACUUUUCCACAGUGAAAGUUUUUGUCAAAUUAGGAAACUUUGAGCAUGAAGUCAAACCAACAUCAUCACACAUAUAUUUGUAUGUUCUUAUUUUGCUGCCUAUUGUAGUGAGUGUCAUUAUAGUGGCAUUCAUAGUUACUAGAUACAAAUCCAAAGAGUUAACUCGAAAACAGAGUCAGCAACUUGAACUACUGGAGUAUGAAAUUCGGAAAGAAAUACGUGAGGGAUUUGCUGAACUGCAGAUGGAUGAAUUAGACGUGGUGGAUAGUUUUGGAACUGUUCCAUUCCUCGACUACAAACACUUUGCUCUUAGGACUUUCUUUCCAGAGUCAGGAUACUUUACAUCCAUCUUCAGUGAAGACAUGCUCCAGGUAAACCAAACGAGCAAGGAUGAAAGCUUCAACAUGUUGCAUGCUUUAAUUUGUAACAAGAAGUUUCUUGUUACUCUCAUUCACACCCUUGAAAAGCAGAAAAAUUUCACUGUGAAAGACAGGUGCUUGUUUGCUUCCUUCUUGACCAUUGCACUGCAAAGCAAGCUAGUUUAUCUAACUGAUAUUUUGGAAGUGUUGACAAAGGACUUGAUGGAGCAAUCAAGCAACGUACAGCCUAAGCUCCUGCUCAGGCGAACUGAAUCUGUGGUAGAAAAAUUGCUGACAAACUGGAUGUCUGUCUGCCUUUCUGGAUUUCUCCGGGAGACAAUUGGUGAACCUUUCUAUUUGCUAGUGACAACCCUCAAUCGCAGGAUAAACAAAGGACCUGUUGACGCGAUAACUUGCAAGGCCCUGUACACACUUAAUGAAGACUGGCUGCUGUGGCAAGUGUCUGAAUUCAAAACAGUGGUAAUGAACAUUAUCUUUGAAAAAAUACCAGAAAAUGAGAGUGGAGAUGCCUGUCAAACUAUCCCAGUUAAUGUUCUGGACUGCGACACCAUAGGCCAAGCCAAGGAGAAGAGCCUUCAGGCUUACCUGGAUGAGAAUGGUUUUCUCUAUGGUCUUCAGUUGGAUGAAAUUGGUCUUGAACUUGUGUCUGAGGAGCAGCAAAGAGAAUUGUUAGAUAUUGAUGCUUCCUCAGAGGUGAUGGAGGAUGGGAUAAGGAAGCUAAAUACCAUCGGUCACUAUGAGAUUUCAAAUGGAGCAACCAUAAAAGUCUUUAAAAAGAAGGCAAAUACUCGAGCAGAUGUGGACUACUCGGAUGAGCACUGUCAUUUGAUUUUACCGGACUCAGAAGCAAACAAAGAUGUGAAAGGAGCAGGUCACAAAGGAAAGCAAAAGUUCAAAGUGAAAGAAAUGUAUCUGACAAAGCUUCUGUCAACCAAGGUUGCAAUUCAUUCACACGUUGAAAAACUCUUCAGGAGCAUUUGGAGUUUACCCAACAAUAAAGCACCUGUUGCCAUCAAGUACUUUUUUGACUUUCUGGAUGCCCAGGCUGAGAGCAAAAAAAUUACUGACCCUGAUGUAGUGCAUAUAUGGAAAACGAACAGUCUUCCUCUUCGCUUCUGGGUGAACAUACUGAAGAAUCCCCAGUUUGUCUUUGAUAUUAAGAAGACCUCACAUAUAGAUGGCUGUUUGUCUGUAAUUGCACAAGCCUUCAUGGACGCCUUUUCUCUGGCGGAACAGACGCUGGGGAAGGAAGCACCAACAAAUAAGCUUCUCUAUGCUAAGGACAUUCCACUCUACAAGAAGGAGGUGAAAGCAUACUAUAAAGCCAUCAGGGAUCUGCCACCGUUGACCACUUCAGAGGUUGAAGAAUUUCUAACUCAGGAAUCUAAGAAACAUGAAAAUGAAUUUAAUGAGAAAGUGGCCUUGACUGAAAUCUACAAAUACUUACUAAAAAUUUAUGAUGAGAUUGACAGCAAACUCGAGCGAGAACGGGGGUUGGAAGAAGUCCAGAAACAGCUCCAUCAAGUAAAAGCCCUAUUUGAUGAAAAGGGAAAAUGCAAAUGGUUUUGAGCAGAGCCCUGACUCACAGAAUCACUGUGGGGGAUUUUAAGUAAAUGCUGCCGCUCC